AUGCAGUCUAUUCUUGCCCUCGUAGUCUUGGCCCUGGCUAAUUUGGCCGCUGCUGGUCCUUGUAAGCCCAGUGGUCUAACAUCGGUUUCUAGUAUUGCACUUACAUCCUCCGUACCGACCGACAUUUCCGAAGCAUCCGAAGUCCCCAGCUUGACCGUUCCCCAAUCGACAACUACAACGCAAGAGGUCGAUAUCAUCAUCACCAACGCUAUUGAGGGAGGAAGUCUCGCCGUCCGCAAUGCAAACAACCCGCCCAGCGAACUCACAAACUUCGGCGCGACCGGAAAUGCAGAAUUUCAUGAAGGAGGUUGCUAUAAGGCUGACGGAAGUCGCGAUGAUGGUUGCGCUGCAUUGACGGCCUCGGGGAACCCAGCUGGAAAGCGAGAUACUGGAUCGUUUGCUAGCAUCUGGCAGACACUCAACUCGCUGAGCACUGGGUCUCAGAACAAAUACACUGUUCAGUUCUACUACCUCGUUGCUUCUUUUGGUAGCCAGGAUUGCACUGUCGCUGCAUCUCUGGGCAGCAGGCAAUUCUACUCGCAGUCCCUGUCAUCUGUCGGAACCAGCGUGUCUUGGACGCAUGUUCUUGAGCAGGUCGAUGCUGAUUCUGCUUCCGCCACCUUUGCCAUAUCCAUGACUUGCGCUGGGAACGGCAUCUCUGUUAUCCUGGUCGACUCGAUCUUCGUCUCGAACCAAGUCACCCCCGCGAACAUUGGGGACUUUGUCCUCGACUUUGGCGCGCCCACUACAAAUCCAGUCACGACAUCCGAAACAUCCACCGAGAGGACCAUGCCCGAGACAACCACCACCUCUCCCCCCAACACCGACACUACACGUUCCGCCCAGCCAACCGAAACGGCCUGCAAGCCAUCAUGCGACAUGCGCGACGGCUUCGACAACCACCCCGAGUGGAACUGCAGAGUCUACGGCCUCUAUAACGGCUUGACAUACCAGUUGCCCAGCCAAGACCAAGACGAUGAGACGCGGCCUUGGUACGACGGCGCUGAUGACUGUGCUGAGAUCUGCAAGACGCUGCCUGGCUGCAAAUCAGCGGGUUACAUGUUUGCCCCAAGGAAAUGUUUCUUCUCAAACAACGUUGUUACACAAUCCGAGGUUCGUAACAUGAUGGAUGAUGGUAUCGAUGUUGAUUGGUAUGGAAUGGAUUGUUUCGCAUGCUCUGCCUGCGAGAAUGGACCUGUGGAGACAACUGUUGCUGAGGCUUCUGCUACGCCUGCCAAUACUGACACUACUAUCGCUCCGGAAUCCACAAGCUUUACUACCUCUGACAGCCCAGCGACCACAACAUCCCCAGCCGAUAACUGUAUCUACAACCGAGGUCAAGAAUGCGAGUUCAACCGCUUCAAAGACCACAGCGACACCCUCUGCAUCUGGGCCGCCCUCUUCACCGGCACGACAUGGAAAGAGUCCCGCGCAGACUAUCCCUACCAAGACGAUGUCUACCAAUGCGCCGCUAUCUGUCAGACUCUCCAGAACUGUGAAUCUUCUGCCUACUUCCAGACUGAGAACCGCUGUCUCUUCACCUCCAAGAAGAUUCAGCAAUCUGAUAUGGUCUCACAUGAAGAUCGGCCUCAGGAUCACGCGGUCUGGAGCCACAACUCUUGCUGGACGUGCCCAACAUGCUCCGACACCGCCGCUCUCCCCGCCACGAGGUACUGCUCGUACGAACAAGGCGAUAGCUGCCGCGCUGCGUCUGGCAAACCAGGUGCGUUGUGCAACUACCAGGGUUUCUGGGAGGCGUACAAUCAAUGGGACCUUGCGACGUAUCCUGACCAGAGCUCACCUGAGAAGUGCGCGGCUAUUUGCAUGGCGCUGGAUUACUGCGUUGGGUCUGGGUACAAGGAUGAUAGGUGUAUGUUUUCGUUCAGGGAGCUCAAGGUGGCGGACUUUAGGGAUUGGCCUGAUCACUCGAGGGAUGGAACGUGGAGCGAUAAUUCUUGCUUUGAAUGUCCUGGUUGUACCGCGUAA